UAAACCCUUUAAAUAAUGAUUUUGAAAAGUUUAAUUCUUAUAUGAACAAUCCUUAAAAAGGAUGGACCCAAUUUGAACAUUUAACCAACGUAAAACUAGAAACUGAAACUAUGAAAGAACUAGGUUGAGUAAAUCUACAAGAUUCUGACUUCAACCUUGAGGACAAGCCUUUUCUCCAUGGAGUAAUGUUGGGGAUUUGGUUCUAAUUAAUUUGAUUGGUUUUAAUGCAAGUUGAUUAUGAAUCUUAAAAUUUCCUUAAUAGUUUAAAUAAAACUUUCCCGAUUAAUUAUAUCCAAAAGAGCAUAGAAUGCACGUUAUAAUUUGUCCUUAAAAUGAUAAAUAUCUUGUUUUAAGUUUGUUCUAAUGAUUGCAGAGUAAAAAUGGUGGUUUCUCAGGUUGGGAGCCAGCAGGAGGUGGAUUCUGGUGGGAGGUAUGUAGAGUGCACUUCAUCUUCAAUCCAGGCACUAGUUCUUUUCAAGAAAUUAUACCCAGGGCAUAGAGAACAAGAGAUUGAAAUUUGCAUCAGAAAAGCUGAAAAGUUCAUGGAAGAUAUACAAUACCCUGAUGGUUCUUGGUACGGAUGUUGGGGAAUAUGCUUCUUUUAUGGGACAUGGUUUGCACUCUUAGGUCUUAAAGCUGCUGGGAAGAACUUCGAAAAUUGCUUGGCUAUUCGGGAAGGAGUUGAUUUUUUGCUUAAAACCCAAAGAGAAGAUAGUGGCUGGGGAGAGAGUUACCUUUCUUGUCCCAAAAAGGCUGAGAGGGAUCCUAUAUCUCGACAUCGAGCUGCAAAAUUGUUGAUAAAUUCUCAGUUGCCAAACGGUGAUUUUCCUCAGAAGCUGGCCAAAAUCCAGCAAGAUGUAAGGGACCAGAUGCUGGAGUCCCAAAGGAGUAUGAUGGAUCAAUUAAUGCGUCUAUUGGCUGGUGGAUUAGAAAAAGGGAAAAGCCCCAUAAUCAAUAAUGGAGAUGACAACGAAGAUCCCGUCUACCCUCCGGGGUUUGUCCCAGCGGACGUUCAGACACAACCUGAUGUGUACCCAAGAAGGCCAUCAGUCACUAUCAGGCCUCAACCAUUUCAAACCGGUGUCUCAAGCACAGAUGAAUUAUCAGACUGGUUCGGGCUCUAA